AUGCUUUCCUCGGUCAGACUUGUUACGCGCAGAGCCGCUGUCAGAAGCGCUUUCGCUUCUUCCGGCCGCAACUUGGUUGCUGUCCGCGCCGCCUCGUUCUGGGCUAACGUCCCUCAAGGUCCUCCUGCCAUUCUCGGUAUCACGGAAGCUUUCAAGGCCGACUCCUUCGACAAGAAGAUCAACCUCGGUGUCGGUGCCUACCGCGAUGACCAGGGCAAGCCUUAUGUCCUCCCGUCCGUUCGCAAGGCCGAGGACAAGGUCAUCCACUCCCGCCUGAACAAGGAGUACGCCGGCAUUACCGGUGUUCCCGAGUUCACAAAGGCCGCCGCCGUUCUCGCCUAUGGCAAGGACAGUUCCGCCCUUGACCGUCUCGUCAUCACCCAGUCCAUCUCGGGUACCGGUGCCCUCCGCAUCGGCGGUGCCUUCCUCGCCCGCUUCUUCCCCGGAGCCAAGAAGAUCUACAUCCCCACCCCCUCGUGGGCCAACCACGGCGCCGUCUUCCGUGACUCCGGUCUCGAGGUCGCCCAGUAUGCCUACUACGACAAGAACACCAUCGGCCUCGACUUCGAGGGUCUGAUCCGCGACCUCAAGGCCGCCCCCAACAACUCCAUCUUCCUCUUCCACGCCUGCGCCCACAACCCCACUGGUGUCGACCCCACUCCCGAGCAGUGGAAGGAGAUUGAGGCUGUCGUCAAGGACAAGGGCCACUACUCCUUCUUCGACAUGGCCUACCAGGGUUUCGCUUCCGGCGACAUCCACAAGGAUGCCUUCGCCGUCCGCUACUUUGUCGAGCAGGGCCACAACAUCUGCCUUGCCCAGUCCUUCGCCAAGAACAUGGGUCUCUACGGCGAGCGUAUCGGUGCUUUCUCCGUCGUGUGCGCCGACGCCGACGAGAAGAAGCGUGUCGACUCCCAGGUCAAGAUCCUCGUCCGCCCUCUCUACUCCAACCCCCCCAUUCACGGCGCCCGCAUCGCCGCCGAGAUCCUCAACACCCCCGAGCUCUACGAGCAGUGGCUCGCCGAGGUCAAGGAGAUGGCCGACCGCAUCAUCAAGAUGCGCGCCCUCCUCAAGGAGAACCUCGAGAAGCUCGGCAGCAAGCAUGACUGGAGCCACAUCACCAGCCAGAUCGGCAUGUUCGCCUACACCGGCCUGACCCCCGAGCAGAUGGAUCAGCUGGCCAAGGAGCACAGCGUGUAUGCCACCAAGGAUGGCCGUAUCUCCGUUGCUGGCAUCACCAGCGAGAACGUCGGCCGUCUUGCUGAGGCCAUCUUCAAGGUCAAGGGUUAG